AACUCAAUCGUUACGAUAACCUUUGCAUUGUUACGUAUGUCAUGCGUAAUACUACUAAAUUGAAUACGCGUUUUUACAACAAUGUAAAAAAUAACACAACAUACUAACACAAUCAAACAUCUAAAUGUCAACAAUCCUAGUGAAUGGUGCCGGCUUAACGUUUGAUAUUUUAAAUAUUUAUUUUGUGUAUAUUUCUCACAUUUAAUCAAAAACUAUAAAGAAAUGUUUAAGAAUUUGACAUUCUCCUUUGACUUAUGAAAGCAGUUUCUAUAAAACUGUGAAACACUUUGAAGAAAUUUCUCGUAGAAAAAAGCUUUCCUUUAAAAUUUAAGUCCUUUUUCGUGGAUUGUGAUUAAAGAAACAUCGAGCAGAUCUAUCGUACAUCGGACCGACAUAACUCUUAUAAUUACCUAAUGGAAAACCUUGGUGAAAACGAUCCCCCCAGUGCAAGUUCCGACGAAAGUCGGUACGAAUUGGAUUGGGCUCAAAUAAGAUACGCUCUACAACCGCAUAGAGUAUUGUUUAUCGAUGAAUCUGAAUGUUGGCAAGAUUUCCACAGGUGUCGACAAGAAAACAUGGAUAAAUAUGGCAAUUACACUCCGGAACGUUUGUGUAAACGCUUCGUAAGCCGAGUGUUAAAACACAUAUUCCAAUUUGAUCUUAAUGAGGAAGAAUAUAUGUUACUUGAACUGCUAAAUCUACAUCCCAGUUUCCAAAGAACUGAGAUUGGUUUCCAGAAGAAAUUUAAUGUGGAAGAAAUUGACUUCGAACAGUACCCUCCGCUAGAAGGCACCCUAAUGGAGGAAGCCAAAGAUAACUUGAACAAUCACAUACUUAUGCCGCAGGCAGCACCAAUACCCCAAUCAGAAUUUCACUUGUCGAAAGAAAAUGCAGCCUUACUUUCGGUAAUACUUAGCGAUAGUGGAGAAUUGCCUUCAAAGAAGCGAUUACAGGAAAGCGAAAUACUAGAAAGAUUGCGGGAAAAUCAGCGAUUAUUUCAGUUAACGGGACGCUACAAAUACGAAAACACCAAUGCCAACAUUGAGGAAUUAAUUAAAAAAUUCAACAUACUAAAUGAUUUGAAAUUUAUUGUUGCAAGACUUAUCAAAUCCGCUUGUGAGCGCACUUCGAACCUGUAGAAAGAAAAUAGGUAUUUCCAAUACUCAGACAUUUGUAUAUUUUACUGAAUUGAAAUAUUCUAUCAAUUAGACAUAGUUUAAGUAUAUUAUUUCUUGGUAUAUAUAGCAUUUUACUUGUUGCAAUUUAAAAUUAAUAUUUAUUGUACAGAUAUUUGAUUUAUUGAAAUUUGAAAGUUAUAAAAAAAUGUCUGGUUUUCCGAAUGUA